UGCAGAAUGUCCAGUAAGGAGCGCCACCUAGACUCCAACUGUCCGUCCUCUUAUAUAAAGACUGAGCCGUCUAGUCCUGCCUCCCUGACUGACAGUCUAAACCAUCACUCCCCUGGUGGCUCCAGCGACGCCUCAGGCUCCUAUUCGUCCACGAUGAACGGCCAUCCCAACGGCUUAGACUCCCCGAGCCUUUAUGGCUCCAACGCAGGGCCCCUUGGUCCUGCCGGCGGCCCCGGAUCAAAGCGUUACGAGGACUGUUCAUCAACAAUUGGAGAAGAUUCACAGAUUAAGUGCGAGUACAUGUUGAAUUCAAUGCCGAAGAGGCUGUGUCUGGUGUGUGGGGACAUUGCGUCAGGAUACCACUAUGGAGUGGCAUCCUGUGAGGCCUGCAAGGCCUUCUUCAAACGUACCAUCCAAGGCAACAUAGAGUACAGCUGUCCAGCCACCAACGAGUGCGAGAUCACCAAGAGGAGACGCAAGUCUUGCCAGGCCUGCCGCUUCAUGAAGUGUCUGACUGUGGGCAUGCUGAGGGAGGGAGUUCGUCUGGACAGGGUUCGUGGUGGGAGACAGAAGUAUAAACGCCGGAUAGAUGCUGACAACAGUCCAUAUCUGAACCCACAGUUGGCUCUGCCUCCCAAGAAACCAUAUAACAAAAUCGUCUCUCACCUGCUGGUGGCCGAGCCAGAGAAGAUUUACGCCAUGCCUGACCCAACAGUACCAGAUAGCGACAUCAAGGCCCUGACUACGCUGUGCGACCUGGCUGACAGAGAGCUGGUGGUCAACAUCGGCUGGGCCAAACAUAUCCCAGGUUUCUCUACGCUGUCUUUGGCAGACCAGAUGAGUCUAUUGCAGAGUGCAUGGAUGGAGAUCUUGAUCCUACGUGUUGUGUACCGCUCACUGUCCUUUGAAGACAAGUUGGUGUAUGCUGAGGACUACAUAAUGGACGAGGACCAGUCAAAGCUUGCUGGACUUCUGGACCUGAACAACGCCAUCCUUCAGCUGGUCAAGAAAUACAAAACCAUGAAACUAGAGAAGGAGGAAUUUGUCACUCUCAAGGCCAUCGCUUUGGCUAACUCAGACUCCAUGCACAUUGAAGAUGUGGAUGCAGUGCAGAAGCUUCAGGAUGUGCUCCAUGAGGCCCUGCAGGACUAUGAGGCUUCACAGCACCAGGAGGAUCCCCGCCGGGCGGGCAAGCUGCUCAUGACCCUCCCCCUGCUCCGCCAGACCUCCACCAAGGCUGUGCAGCACUUCUACAGCAUCAAGCAGGACGGCAAAGUCCCAAUGCACAAACUCUUCCUGGAGCUUCUGGAAGCCAAGGUCUGAGGAAGCGCGAGCUAGACGCCAGUCUGACCAGCUGAGCUUCAACAUGAACUCUCACUUUGAAUGACCUCUUGCUCUUUUACACACACACACACACACAUACACACACACACACACACACACACACACGCGCAGUCACACACUCAAACACACACCUACAUACACACAUAAAUAUGCCCCUGAAGUACGUCUGCUGACACUUCCCUCUGUGAACAAACCAGUGACCUAAAGCUCUAACCUGAACCCCAAAACCUCCAACGUCUGUGACAAAAAGGGGGGGAACUUAAACUUUUUGUCGGGGGAGAGUUUGACCGACUGACAUGACUACCAAUCCUGACAAAAGAUGAUUUUUCCUUGAAAACUUUGAAACAGUUUCAGCAGUGGCUCUGAACCGUGAAGAUGGUAAAAAAAAAAUAUGCAUUUAAUAUCGAUUAAGAGGUCAUUAAUGACAAACGCUUGAGGACACAUUUAAAAGAAACUGAAAACGCUCCAUUGUAGUCCUGAGAGACUGUAAGACUGCACUCGUGUCUCCGUUCCCCUUCUCUUUUCUCCCAACAGAGUUUUUUAGUGUUCAAGAAGAAGAUAUGUAGGGGGAGAAAAGGACAUUAAAGAUGUAUUUAAGAUGUUUGAUUUCAAAUUACAUGUAGAAUGAAAUACAGAUGGAUGGACAGAAAGAAAGAAAAGAAGAGGACAUUUUCCCUGCCAAAGAAUGGAGCUCAUCCAUUCAGAGGAUGCCAGCAAACUUUACUGUCAUAACCCAAAACUGUUUCUGCUUUGAUCUGUGAGUCGCUUUCAAUGCUGGGCCUCGAGAGUGCUGCUGGUUUUCAGUGUGUCCAGUUAUUUGAUUUUUUUUCUGGUUAUAAUGAAAAUCAGCACAGCUCAAAGAAAGGCUUGAAAACACUCUCUUCCUGGUGUACCAUGACUCCCCUACUUUCACUGCUUAAGUAUUUGUUGUAUUUGUCAAGAAACAGUGGCCCUGGUCUCCCAAACCUGACAGUACCAUUGUAUUUGUGUUUGAACACUUGAGGUGGCUGAAAAUGCUUUCAAAUAGUGUCAUUUCAGAUGUGAACAAUUCACACAGUUCAUAAGUAAAAAUACAAGCAAAUGAAGACUUGGUCCAUACUUUCAAGAAUGGACCUGUGCUUGUCCAGCUGUGAGUUGUAGACUCACUUUGCAUUCUCUGUGAUGCUAUCUAUUUUGACAAACGCUCCUCUUGUUUUGACGUAUGAAACAUUUUCAGCCCCAGGGUUGCUAUUCUCCACACAUAAAUCGGUUGAAAUUUCUGUCCAAAAAGGUGCCAUGAAGAAUAGUCCAGCCCAUGCUCAUUACCCAAACUCCCAAAACUGCAAAGCAUCACUUCCAAAACGACCCUCCUUACUCCGCUGCAUUCUCACCUUCCAGCUCAUCUCUUGAGGCAGAACUGAGAUGUUUUUGAGAUCCAUUCAGGGAGUAAUGAGGGAGCUCGAGUCAAUGCAAUACAAAACCAGAAGGACAGGUGUGCUGAAAAAAAAAGAACAACUGUUGUUGCUUUGAAACUUAUUUUUCUCCUUUAUUUCUAUCUUGAAAAUAACUUUAGUGAUGAUAAUACCAGUAUUAGGGUUGUAAAUAAGUCAUCCUGUAUAUGACAUAUAACACGGCUUUGUUUUUGUUAUUAAUAUUGUCUUCUUAAAACUGAAUCAAUCAAUAUGUCUUUCCUUUUUUCUAUGAGCUUGACCACUUUCAGCAAGUACCAUAUAUAUAAAUAUAACAAGUAAAAAUGUAUUAACAAAUUCAGCAUUUAUCGUAGAAAACACUGAGCAAUAGCAGUUUUAAAAGGAGGGGUUUGUGCAUAUGGACUAGGUCUGCAAAUUAACAUAAUGUGCCAGUUUCAAAUUUCAGAGACAAGAGGGUUUCAUAGCUACUUUCCCUCUGUGUAACUUGCCAUAAGCUACUAGAUAACAGUCAACAUUUCCUUUUGUUAGUGAUAGUUUACACAGGAAAAUAUGGACCAGAAUUUUGAGAAUGAAAUAUUAUUGUACUGUCAGAGUAAAGACAAUGAGAGUAGAAGAAGUAACACAACAGCUUACAACACUAAGAAUAAGCAGCCAGUUUGUAUUUUUCACAGAGUUCUGAUGUUUGCACCUUUUUUGUGACCAGGCUUUUUUUGCCAUCACGUUUUAUCUGAUGAAAGCAGACAGUCCUCUUGAAAAUCAACUAUUCAGUAAUGCAAAGUUUACUCGAGCCAUGUGGCCUCAUGCAGGGACUAGAGAAUAACCUGCUUAAAUCUGGUUGCAAAAACAGAACAUCAUCUGCAUAAAAAGAAACAUGACACGAAGAUCUUAAAUGUUAGCUUGCUCUUCCACUUCCUGUUGAUGGACAUUUCAUUAAAAAUCUUUAAAGGAAAUGUUGUAAAGGUUAAAAACAAUAAUUCUACCAAAUAUCAAAUGAACAAUAUCAAAUUUCUAAUGUAAUCUUUUCAAGGAGAAUCCAUUACAGGCAGUUUUACUGUUAUUUCUACAUUUGUUUCUUGGCUAUUUUUCUGUAUACAAAUUUGUGUUGUACUUAAAAUGAACAACAGACUAUUUAAUGGACAUAAUUUAAGUUUCUACAAUUAAUUAGAUUGUAACCACACAGACUUUAAUUGGACAUUUGAAGGCAUUUUAAGUCAUUAUAAAUUGACCGUUGAGUCGUACUAAAGUGGAAACUGGAAGUGGCAAGUCCGAGGAAACUGUAUGACAUCAUACAGUAACAGAAAGAUUGUACACAGUAGGUUUGACUGGUCACAGCUUUAACAAGAAGAUACAGUCGAGGGGAUUUUUUUAUAUCAUUGUUUGUCAUUUCUAAAGCUGAAUACAAGUGACAAAAUGUGUAAUCUAGAUGACGGUGUAAUCUAAUGUAAAAGGGCAACUUGUCACAGCUGAGGAGUGCUCCAGUUUAAGUGUAGUUAAUCUCUAACAUCACACGCUCUGUAUCAACACAUCAGUAUUAUUAGUUAGGGGUAUUCUUUCAGCCUUCUUAAACAUUGUAUAUUGUAAAUUAUACAGAUUAUAAUUCUAACAUAAGACAUUUUAUUGGAAACAAAAUCAAGAAAAAAAAGAAAAAAAUGUAGUUCAGCCUCAAUGUAUGUUUCAUGUUUGCUGUUUUUUCUAUCAAGAAAAAACUUUGUUUCUUUGAUUUGAUUGUUUUUGUUUUGAAGUCCUCUCUCUGUUGGAUUUUUUUCCUCCUAUGUUUGCUCCUUUGAGGCAUUGCUGUGUACUUUUUCUUGUGGUGAUUCCCGUUCUUGUGCUGUGUGCUUCUUCUUUAGUCAACACAGUGUAGAGUAGAGGCCAUGUUGUCCGUCCGUCCAUCAGAUCAGUCUGCUGGGGGUCUGGGUACCGGAUUCUCUCCCAAUGAACCAAACCAAAUAUAAGGCUCUCCUUCUAGAAACUUAACUAGACCACAAGGAUGAAAUCACAGUAUUCAUCUUUACCAAGCUAUACAUAAUGAAAUAUUUAGUAUCUAAAUGAAGAAACACAAUACAAGUAUUUAAAAAGGGAUCAUUUGUGUAACUGUCCUGUAGAAUAAACACUAUCCUGUAUAUCUUUAGGUUUAAGUAACAAUUAAAUGAAAAGGACAUUUAAGUAUUUCAGAGCUGUUGGUGACUCUUUUUUGACAAACUAGCUGUACAUAGCUGCCUUCCAUACAGCGCGGCUCAGUCAUGAUCUUUACUGUUUCUGCAGUCAAUAACAGAAAAAAAAUGAAGAUGAAACAUUAUUUUUUGGCCGAUUCUUUUCCCUGAUUUUCAGCUUAUCCUCGGGAAUAUGUUUCAAAGUGUAAAAAGAGAGCAGAGAGGUAAAAGCUAGCACUUAUGGUUUUUUAGGGUUUAGGGAAGAAGUAAAAAAAAAAAAAAAAAAAGGCAUUUUAGUUCGCACUUGCUGUUUCUCUUUAUCUUGCACUUAUUACACCACAUUACAGGACAAGUUUCUGCUUUUUCUCCAGACUAAAACCACAAAGUCCAAAAUUUAGACGCCUGUUAAUAAAUUGUCAUUCAACACAUUUUAUCUCUUUAUAGAUAUGUAGUGAUGUAUAGGUUCUGUGCUACAGAGGCUUUCAACAUUCAUUUCUUAUGUACUCGAAGAGGAAAUAUACAGACACAUUUGUAAGUGAAUUCCCAGAGGACUGAUUUGAAUUUCUCUACAGUCAUUGUAAACAUUGUCAUUGUCAGAAAGGUGAUCAUUCUAAUCAUCUACUGUACAUUAAUCCGCAAACAACUAAUGGAAGAAAGGUGCUCUUUUCUUACUUUUUUGAUUUUCUUCUGAUGUAGUUUUUAUUUAUUUGACAGUUGUCAUCCAAACUUUUGUGGUCCUGAACAAUGAAUCAUGAUCAAGGAUGGUUAAAAAGAAACUCCCUGAAGAUUUGCGGAGCAGGAUGUGGUCCACAGCCAUGUUUUGAAAUGAAUACAGUUAAAUUUUUAGUCGCUGCACAAACUAAUGUGUGUACUUUCCAGAUGAUUAAAACAGGAUCCCAUUUACCAGCAGGAAUCAGGAGGAAUAGAUCAUGUGAAUCAUUCAGAGGUUUUUAAACUUGCUGCUCAUAGCCAAAAUAUUAUUUGAUGUUCAAGUGUGUUCCCUUGAACUUUUUUUCUAGUAAAAAAAGCAAUAUUUUCUUUAUUGUACAACAAUGAGACAAGAGUUGCACUUGUUUGUGUUGGGUUAUACUUCCAAAUGCUGCUGUAGCUAUUAGAACUACCCUGCAGUAAGUGUUUAAACCAUGUAAAUGACAACAAACCAAACUGGAGGAGCGCUAAAAGAAGGACUUUCGGGGGUUUUUGCCAAUGCUUUGAUAGAAAAAGUUUGACCUGGUUGCACUUUGGGCACCAUGUAAUUGCCCUCAUCUGGGACUUAGAUCCAUUAACCUGCAAAUAGUCUGUGUAAUAAUAGUUCAGCUGUAACAGGAGGACAAGUUUUAUUUGGCAUAGCGGGAAAGUGGGAACCUCCAUCUACCCCUGAUAUCUGUUAAGGCCAAGUCCAACUCCAGCUCUACAGUGUUUAGUCAUUUAGUUGUAUUUAAUCCCCAAAUGUUAACUGCCACAUGUGCUGCAGCGAACCCUGCAGACUGGUUUUGCAAAUGUGAAAAUAUUGAAGAGAGACAAUUGAUGCAUUUGGAUACAAAGGCUAUUUAAAGAGGAGAGGACCCUUUUGUGGUGGAGAAGAGUUGUGUACAAGACCCUGUAGUGUUAUUAAAACAUGUCAGUAGAUUUUAGAUGUGCUUCACAUCAGUAAAUGAAAAAAAAAGAAACAAUAACCUGUAUAUUUUUGUGACGUGUAUCAUACAAGUGUGCUCCAACAAUAAUGUCCAUUUGUGUAAAUGUAUUUAUUUCACAUUGUAUAUAUUGUUCAAUGCAAAAAGAGAGACCUAUGAUUCUGUAACUUAAACUACUAUGGGUUGAAACAUUACAUGUGUUACUCCAGACUAUGCCUUUCAGGAUUAUUACAGUAGAGCAAUAUCAAUUAAAACCAGGCUUCCAGUUUUGA